CCUCCCUCCUAGCCGGGGAGGGUUCCGGGCUGUAGGUGGAGGUCCGAGGCUGUCUGCAGGUCGCCGGGUCGGUCGUGGCUACGGGAGGUCUUCCCUGUGGGGAAGCAAAUAAGAAAUAAGCAAACAAAUGCAUCUAUAAUUGCAAAUUGUGUCUUUUUUCCCCUUCUCUCAGUCCAUCCACGGGCCUGAGCCCUCUGUUACCUCAGAACCUGGACAGUGAUGACGUUUGCCGAGGACAAGACUUUUGAGUAUAUCCGCCACCAUUACCGAAAUUUUUACCGUAUUCAUGUUCUGGAGAUUCUACCUUACCUGUCUUGCCUCACAGCAAGUGACCAGUGAACCAGAACCACUCCCAAGCCCCACUGGAGCCGCCGUCAGUUGCUGCUGAGGCCCCAGGAUCCUCUACACCCGCUUUGGCCCUCAGUGUCCCCAAGAACAGCUACAGAAACGAGGAGUCAAGUUACCCCAUGCCUGUUCAGGACACCCAGUUGCCAGAGUCCAUGGGAGAGAGUUCAAAGAAGGCCCCGCAGACACCCAGCUCUGAGGCUGUACUGAGAAGGCCCAGUGGCUCCCUGGAGCCCUCCUCUAACAUGGCAGCCCUCAGCCCUAUGACCUCCAGUGGGCCUCAGGAGAAGGACACAGAACCAAGCAGUACCGACACAGCAGGCCGCGUUUCCAGCCUCGCAUCACCUGGUGGGCCUGUGUCUCCGACUGUCUCCUUCCAGCCGCUGGCCCGUUCCGCCCCCAGGGCAAGCUGCUUGCCUGGCCCCCCAGUGUCAGUUCUGUCUACUGGCACUUCCUCCACCUCCUCCACUGGCUUGGCCUCUGCAAGGGGUGCUGGUGACCAGGCUAAGGCUGCUAUCUCUUCCACUGGGGCAGGGGUGCCCACCAACUCUAUGACCACCAGCACGGCACCCUCCAAGGUGCCCUCCCACUCUGCAUUUACCAGCACAAUUCCUUCCAAGUUGCCCACCAGCUCAAAGCCCCCUGGUGUAAUGCCCACUAAUGUGCUUACCGGUCCGGCACCGUCCAAACUGCCUGUCAACUCAAUGCGUACUGGCACAGUGCCACCCAAGGUGCCUACUGGCUUGGUGUCUGACCACAGGAUGCCCAUGAGCACAGUGCCCAGCAAGGUGCCUGCCAACACAGCACCCACCAUUAGGAGCAGCAACAGUUGCCUGGAGGACACUCCAGUGUCUCCAGUGCCCACAGGUGCCACCGCUGGAGGCAGCUCACCUUAUGCAGACAGCAGUUGUGACAGCUUGGGCUUGGAGCCAGAGCUGAGCAAGCCAGGCAGGCUGGAAUCCUGCAUGAGUAGCCAGCCAUUCUCUGGCUGCUCUGCGGACCUUGCCAUCAGCUACAGUGACACGUUGGGUGCAGGACCUGACAACGCCCCAGAGGAGAAUGAGUACGUGUCGGUGGAUGCCCUUAGGUUGCAUGUGGUUGAGGCUCCCAGCCCCGACCUCCUAGAGGGCAGCCCCAGGCCACCUUCUGCCCUGCAGCCCCAGGCAGAGAAGCAGUCCCUGUGUGUUGGGACGCCCCCCUGGGUUCCGUGGCUUGGGGUGGCUGUGGCCGGGGUGCUCCUGGCUGCAGUCGUGGCUAUGCUAUACCGGCGGCGCCCACUGCAGUGAAGCACCUUGGUCCUCCCCGCCACUUGUCUUCCCCAGUACAUCCAGCCCCAGCCACGGAGCUGGUCCUGCCCACUGGAGGCUGGGUCAGAGCGGAGCCAGGGGGCCACAGGCCUGGCUGGAGGCCACGCCACCAUUGACAGUCCUGGGAGGCAGCAUUUUCGUCCCAGCUCAUGCACUCUGCAGCUCUCUCAGCUUUCUGGGCCCUGGGCUGCCCUGCGUGUGCCAGACUUUGUCCACCCAGCAAUUUGGAUUAUUGCCCUUGUCCUCUGGAGGAGGUGCCUCCGUCCAGGCCUUAUCCCUGUUUGCCCGAGCCCACGAAUCAGUAGGUGCUGCUGGAGGGUGCAGGGAGUCAGCAAUGCCUCCCAUCCUGCCCUGGUCCCUGGCAGUGGACAGCGCAUAUCUGGGGUAGGGGACCCACAGGACCUUGCUCCUCACUCCUAGUGGCCCAGCCUGAGCCCACUGCCCCGGAGAGCACCCUGGAGAGCACUGGAGCUGCUUAUGGUCCUCUGCCUCUUUGGUUCUCCACCCAUGCAAGGCUGGGGAGGAGGUCUGGAGGUUCCUGUGGACCCUGGGGAAGCCUGAGGCAGCUGCUGGUGCUGAGGACACCCUCCAGAGCUUCUUUCCAGCCUUCUCACCCCUUUCCCUUUCCUUCUCUUCUGGUUCCCAUCCCUAUGAGAGCUGUGGAGGGGACCUUUGGGACAGAGCUCAGGCCAAAGUUUGUUUUUCAGCUCCACCCCUUCCUGGGCUGUGUGGCCUGGGCAGAAGAUCAGAUUUCUCUGGUCUUACUUCCCCAUGUGGACUACGAGUAUUAUAGCUCAUCCUUCUCUGGGUUCUUCUAAGAUUGAAGCAUACAAGUGUUUGUUAAGUGACUGGCCCAGACCAGGUAGCCACUAAAUGCUUCUCCCACCUCUCCCCUGUCCAGCCUGGUAGAGAUGAGGGCAGGAGAGGCACAGUGCCCAGUGGGUAAAGGUACAACUCUGUAGUAUAGGGUGGCCGAGGUCUGCAUUCUACUCUGCCUCUCUCUUGCUCCGUGCUCUUAGGCAAGGCGUUAACCUCUGUGCCUGUAUUUUUUCAGCUAAAUAAGUAAAUAGAUAAGUAUGUAUAUCUACCUAUCUAUCUAUCAUCUAUCUCCUGGUGUUGUUGUGAGAAUUAAAUGAAUUUAUCUACAUAAAUCUUUGAAUGGUUCCUGGAAUUUACUAAGUGUGGGAGACAUGUUAUUAUCACUAUUCAAAUUGGAGGGGCUGGAGUACUUUGCAACAUCUUUAGACUCAGAGCCUACUGCCUCCUCCACUUUUAUUUGCCCCUUACUUUAUCCUGUGCUUUGGGGAUUUGUUGGGGAGUGGAGAGAAAGGCACAUCCACUGGGGAGCUGUGCAGGGUACGGGCUGGAGUACCCCCCAGCAGUCAGAUGGAUAGGGGGUUCUUUUCAGGUGGCCAUCUCUGGACAAGGGGCACACACAGGAGCCUCAGGAGCUGCUUCCACUUCUGGGCUCCACAGGGGUAGGGACUACAGCCCUGGGGAGACAUUAGGUGGUGAGAGGUCACCUAUGGCCCACCCACAGGCUGUCAGCCUGCAGGGUUCUGCACCCUGUUUUGGCUGCUACAAUCUUUCUUUGCACUGCACUAGGGGACUUCAGCAACCUCUACCUUUAAUUACCUCUACCUCUGGACUUCUCUUUGACCCUCAUUUCAAACCCAAUAACCUGUACCUUGAAACCAGGCGUGGUCCCUAUACAAGCUGUCUGAACAACUUCCAUCACCUUUACUCUUUACCUGCCCUCUGUGCUUCCACCUCCCUCGUAGUUACCCAGGUCAGUGAACAAUUCAUACACAGGUGCUAGUUUUAAUGUGUUUCCCUCCCAGGGUAUCUUUAGAAAAAAGUGUCUUAAGAAAGCAACAUGUAACCCCAAAGAAUGCUAUUUAAGUGGUGGGAUUUCAAGCACAGUGACCGGUAUAGAAGAUGGCACUAGGCUCCUGGCCCCAGCCCGGCCUUUAGCCCAAGGUGAAGUGUACCUUCCCAGAUGUGUGGGAGAUACCUUUGGGUAAGGUGUGUAGAAAGUGUUCAGGGACCUACCCGGCACUUUUCAAACUAUGCUACCCAGAGUCCUUGCCUUGGCUUUCAUUGACUGGCAUCCGUCUUUUGGCUAUUGUCAACCUGAAGACCUCUCUAAAAUGCCAGCUUCAAGCAAGGUUGGGAAUUGGCUGGUGUAUCGAGGCCUGUGGCCAAGGGAGGGCUUAGGGUGGUUGAUGAGAUGUGUCAGAUCUCGGGAUUACUGGGUUUGGAGCGUGGCUCUUAGCUGCAGGUUGUUGCAUGUAAGAGGGAGCCCAGGUUACCCUCACAGCCAUGGCCUGGGUGAUGGAGGCCAGAACCCAAGGAGGAGAGGGAGGGCCUCCACCUCCAGCGCUGGUCCCAGUCCCCUAUACUUAGAGACUUGGGGAAGCACACUUUACCUUGGGCUAAAGGCUGGGCCAUCCUGGGCUUGUGUCAGACUCACUAGCAGCCAAGAUACAUACAUAUAAAUCUCUUUCCACCUUCUCUACUGCUGAAACAUUUCUCUCAAAGCUCCAGAGCUGCCGAUGCUUCUCUCUCCCUGGGAAACACAGUGGACCUUACUUGAUGACCUACUGAAGCCAGACCAAUGCCAUACCUCACUUUAUUUCCUUUCUGGAUGUGCUCAGGUGUAAUCGGAUUUAGAGAAAUUUUUAGUCAAAGAUCAGGAAUAUGCCCUUUACCCUGCCAGGCCUUGGAUAUUCAUAGCUUCUUUUAAGAAACAUUUUUGUUGUUGUUAUGGCAAACUUUCAAACACACACAAAAAUAGAAUAUAGGAAAAAAUAUAUACGAAAUACAUAUAUAAGAAAAAUAAAAUAAGAACCCCUAUGUGCCCACCACCAGCUUCAAUAAUUAUGGACUGAGGGGCAGUCUUGUUCAUUGCUGUCCGAUUCCUUUUUCUAUAUAGGUUCCUUUUGUAAGAGAGUGAGGGGUUCAGAAAACCAAAUGGCAGACUUGGGUGGGGACGAUUUUGUGGCAAAAGCCCUCUAUUUUCUCUAAGGCAGCAUUAGGCAUUCCCCUCUUGGUUUCUUGGUCUCUGUGGGUGACAUCCCACUUGAACCAGUUCAGAGUGUGAGCAGCACUGAUGUCCCUGUCUUAGGAAGAGGGGACCAAACGGGGUGCCUCCAUUGACAAGCUCCUUGGAAGUGUCUGGCUUCUGCCCCUGUCCCAAAGAGGUGACAAUUGAUGGGUAUGUUCUGUGGCACUUUGCCCCAUUUCACCAGGGGCCUCCUCUAGGCUCUGACAGACCCCUUCCAGCAGGCAGAAAUGCCACUGGGCUGGAUUCAGAUUCCACACCAUGGCUCCUGCUCUCAUGGGAGUCUCCUAGGGAUGGAGGCAUCCAGGCCUUGAGGCCCUUGCUUUCUGCCAGUGCAACCACAAAGCUGAUGGCCAAGAAUACACCACCCCCAUCUCACCCCCCGGGAAAGUAGUGUCCAGGGUUCCUGUUCUAACCUGGGCUGGAGGCAAUAACUCUCUGUAGAUGAAAAUCACGAUUCUCCUGUGCUUACCCUUCUGCUCUUUUUCCUAUAGCCCAGGGUCGUGAAGGUCACAUGUACUGUUGGGCAUGGUCACCCAGCAUUACUCAUUCCUUUUUUUGCUGCUGCUGCUAACAACAGCAGUAACUAAAAGGGCUACCACUUACCCUAUGCUUCACUGUGUGCCCACUGUGUGCCUGGCUAAGCACUUUAAAUAUAUAUUAACUCCUUUAAGUCUCACAAUGUCCCUAUGAAAGGGGUACCAUUAUGACCCAAUUUACAGCUAGUCCUCAAGAUUGGAUGGGAGGAAGGACUGCCGGGGACAAUGCAAGGGAAAACUGACCUUUGAGCCCCAGACCUGGUUGUUCUCUAUGCCUAUGACCCAUAGCUGAUUGGGUGUCUGGAGCCCAAGACCCAAUUUUAAAGUGAGAUUUCACACUAAUACAUCCCUUUCUAGUGUGCCAAGAUCUACCACCUGCUAUAAUAGUGUAAUAACAUGAAAUAUAUAAUUAAUAUAGUCUCAGGGAUGUUAUAACAAUAUGACUACAAUCAUCGUAUUUGUGGUAGGCUCAAUGGCCUGAGGCUGUAUGAGGCAGGGCAAAGAGCAUAAGCCUUAAAAAUGCCAGGCCUCUGGAGGUCAGUUUGUUCAACAGACAUUAUUUAUUAAAAGAUUUUCCUGUAUCAGGUCUAAGGCCUAAAAUGAGGAAGACACUUGCAUAUCCUCCAAUAGUUGGGGAUGGCUCAGGAAAUGUGGUGGAGACAAACAGGCUUUCAUAUCAUCAUUUUAUGUAUUUGUACAAAAUUUAUUUUGUACCUACUGUGCGCAGAGUGCUAGAAAAGGGCUCGGAGACCCAGAAUCAUAAAGCAAAGACUCUAAGAGUCCCUUUUUACCACCUAUUGUCUCCAAUACAAUAGUGAUGGUCUAGAGCAGCAGUCCCCAAACUUUUUGGCACCAGGGACUGGUGCUCGUAUGGGAAUUGAAUGCCUGAUGAUCUGAAGUGGAGCUGAAGCUAUGAUGCUAGAGCUGGGGAGCAGCUGCAAAUAUAGAUGAAGCUUUGCCUCGCUUGCCCUCCUACUGUGCAACCUGGUUUCUGGCUCCAGGAUUGGAGACCCCUGGUGUAGAAGAGUGUUCCUGAAGCAUGGGUGGGGGUAGGAAGAGAAACGAGUGUUGUUUUGAUCAGUUAUAUACUAUUAAUAAUUAUAACAAUCUAGGAAAAUAGUAACACUAAAGAGCCUAUAGGGAAUAAGAAAACUAUUAAGUAUAAAUUUACGAAGACACUCAGAAGAAAAGCUAAAAUGAAAGGGUCUGAUAAGAUCAAAUGUUGAUGAAAAUAUAGAACAACUGAAAUUCUCAUGAACUUUUAGGGGAAUGUAAAUAGGUAUAUAACCUUUUGGAAAAUGCAGUACCUACUAAAGCUGAACACAUGCAUAACCUAUGACCCAGCAAUUCCACUCCUGGGUAUGUGGACUAUAACAGAAACGAGCUUAUAUCUACCAUGAAUGUUUCUAACUGCACUGUUCAUGAUAGCCUCAAACUAAAAUCAACCCACAUGUCUGUCCACAGUAGAGUGGAUAUGUAAGUUGUGGUAAAGUCACAGAGUAGAAUACUAGCAUAUAGCCGUGAAUAUGAAUGAACAUAUUGCUACACACAACCACAAAGACACAUUUCACAGACAUGACACUGAGCAAAAGAAGUCAGUAUACACAAAAAAGUUCGCACCAUAUGCUUCUGUUCAUAUAAAAAGUACAGAAACAAGCAACUGAGCCCUGGUGUUCAAAGUCAGAAUGGUUACCUUUGGGAGGGAUAGAACCACAAGGGGCAUUCUAGGGGGUGACUCUACCUCCUGAUUUGGGUGUUGGUUUCAUGUGUAUGUUCAGUUUGUGGCCAGAUUCUCUCUUGGACAUAUGGAAAUAAACUAAGGUCACCCAAAUGAGAACAAACAGAGACUGUUUAUUCAGAAAUUGCAAGAAAGUCAGCCAAUAUUCAUGUGCAUUUGGCAGGGAGGGACUCAAAGGCAGGAAGGCAGUGGGAAAGCUUUGUGGUGAAGAAAGGGAGGCUUCAAGUGUUUGCCUGGGACCCUGAAGGGGGGUCUGACUAGAAGAGGGGCAUCUCUGUGAUUGGUUGGGGAGCAUAUUUGGCUUUCUCUGGUUGGGCCCGAGUUGGAAGAAAGGAAGGAGUGGCUGGAGAUUGGGAGGAAGCUGGCAGACAUUGACAUCGUCCUUAUUCUAGGUCUAUUAUUUAUUGCAGAGAUUGUGGUUUGGCUUUCCAGACCGUUUACUGCCAAGGGUUCUGUCAAAGUGCUUUGUCACAUAGGGCCUGGCCAUUGUCCAUUUGUGUAGUCAGUCUCUAGAAUAUGGGCUCUGAGAGGGGCUUUCCCUGCUGGAAUAGGAGGUGAGCAUAUACACACUUCCUCCAGCUCCGAGUCCCUCCAUGGGGUUAGUAGUGCCACGGUGAGGAUGAGGCCAAUGGCUAGAGUGCUCUGCUCCAAGUCAAGCUCCAAGUCAUUGCUUAACUACUACACCUGCCAAGGUUCUUUUCUUCUUUAAGGCCUGGCUGAAAGCUCAGCUCCUAUUGGAAGUCUUCUUUGAUUAGAACCCUUUCAUUUAUUAGCCUUCUUAAAUUUCCAUGGCUUAGCUCACAUCCUGCAGUGUAAAUUCCCAUUCCUUGCCUGCAUUUAAAAAACCUACACUAAUAUUUUCCUUCUACUUACUCAAUACUUACCCAUAUAAAACAACAAAAACAAAAGUAAACCCCGUCCUCAAACCUACUUCUUAUUGAAGUAAAAUAUACAUACUGAAAAAGGUACUCAGACAGAAGGGAGAGCUGAGAAGUGAGAAGAGAAAAAUGGGAGGGGAUAAAAAAGGUGAAGAAAGAAGGAAGCCCUGGGUUCUACUUCUGUGUCCACAGCCAACUCCUGGCAUCCCUUACCAUCCUGGACUCACAAACCUUGAGGCUGGAUGAAGUGAUAUCAAAUCCUUCCUCCUCCAGAGCUUAGUCCUUGAGUGUCCUUGGCUCAGACUGACACUGCAUUGGCUUCCUCCCCCUCCUGCCCCUCCUCCAUCAUCUGCAGGUGCCAUUGCCUUACCAUCCGAAUCACUAGCAAUCAGACGCUGUCUUGUAUUUAAUCAAUUUGCUUAUAUUUAACAUAACAAAAAAGAAAAAAAUCUUUUCUUUAUUACAUGCAGCUGGAAAUCAGCUUCUUGCUGGAGGCUUAUCUAAAAGAACUGAGAAAGGGAGAAGCUGGUAAUUGCUGGAAGAAUUACUUUUUUUCCUACUUGCUGUCACGAUGUCCUUAGAAUUGUGAGUCCAGUGACAGACAGUCUUUUGCAGUAUUUCUGCUGUCGUUACUUCUAGAUCUAAGAUCCUUUAACAUUUCCUUCAUUCUACACACUGUUAUGAGGCUCUACCAUGGCCAGCUGUCUGCUCAUGAACGUAAAUAGAACUUUCAAUCUGGAGGGCUUGUUCUGGAUCUCUCCCCUUUUCCUCUCCUGCCUUAACUCUCAGGAGUCUUUUAUUCAGACACAUGCUCCUCUGCUCUCAGGAAUGUGGCAGGAUAUCAUCUUCCAGGCUGGCUCAGUGAACUAAAUUCUUCCCACCCAGUCCAGGUGGGUCAAUCUCCCCUCUGAUUUUUCAAUUUUCUUAUAAUCUCAUCUCUAAAACAUCUUUUAAUUGCACAGGUAGUACAUGAACAGGUGCUUGCUAUAAAAAAUUAAAAUUCUACUUUAGUUAUAUAGGCCAGAGUUUCUCAAACUUCAGUAUAGGCACAAAUCCUCUGGAGAUCUUGCUAAAGGCAGAUGCAGACUUAUUGAGUCACUGUAUUUCGAAGAAAUAUUUUUUGAGGAUAGACAAAGAAUAAUAAUUGAAAAUGCCCUUCACUCCCUUGCAAUCCUUUUCUCUUUUUGGGGGAUUUGAUAGACAUCAUUCCUUACCUUUCUCUGUUUACUUCUGUGCCAUCUGAUAGCCCUAACUUAAUCCCAUUCUUGGCUUGGGGCCAGGACACUCUCUGAGGUCCUGUUCAUAGCAGUGGGGUGCAAGGCCUUCUGGCUCCCAGCCUCCUCUGUAGCUCCCUGUAGUUCCCCACAAAGCAUGUUGUCAAGCUUAUAAGUAGUUCAUAUGACAAUCCAAACAAUUUGGUCAUUGUUUCAGUUGGUUGAGGACCCUCUGGUUCUGAGUAUUUUUCCACCAUGUGCAUGAUGAGCCACCCCAAACCACUGAUGAAAUGGAGAACAGGGCAAAGCCAGAGCUAGAGUCCCACACAAUGCUGCUCAAGACCAUUGGCCAACUGACCUCAUCAGUUGACCUCAUCAUUAAUCAAUUAAUCAGCAUUCUACUUUACCUACACAUCUAAUGGUUAAGAGUAUACAUAGCACAACCCCGAUGCAGGUAUAGCUGUUAACUAAUGCUGCAUGAGAAAUUAUGCCAAAAUUUAACAGCUUAAGACAACACAUUUAAUAUCUCACUUUCUGUGGGUAGAGAUUUCAGGUGCAGGUUUGCUGGGUCAUCUGGCUCAGGGUCUCUCAUAAGGCUGCAAUCAAGGUGUCAGCCAGGCCUGCAGCCAUCUCAAGACUCAGUUUGGGGAGGGAUUUUCACUUCCAAGCUCACUCAUAUGGCUGUUGCAGAAUUCAGUUACUUACCAAAUU